AUGCUCGGAAAAUUUUUCAAAGUGAGUUGUUUUUCUCAGGCUGGGCUUCUGUAUUCUAAAAAUCUUUAUUUUCAAAUUUUAUUUCAUUUUUCCCCUUCCUCUUUUCUCUUUCCAAAAAUUCCCCAACGCGAAUAAAAUUCGAGCAAACGCAUUAUAUUAUAAUUCCUUUCAUGGAGAAAAGAAAGCAUAAAAAAUAGGGAAAAGAUACUUUCAUAUGAGAUAUUAUUCUUAUUCUUAUUAUUUUCAAGAAUGUACUAUUUUAUAUCUAAAAAACGUUGAUUUUCAAGCUCUUGUUAGAAGAAAAAACGAGAAAAAGAUUGAAUUUGAACGGAGACGAAAUUUGAUUUUCCAUUUUCAACCCUCAUAUAUGUUUUUUCUUCUUCUCAACUCGAGUUUUCAUUUCUUUUCUCAUUCACCAUAUUUUUUCUUGAACCGCAAAUUUUUUUUUCUGAUUUAAUUGAAUUUCUAUGACGUCCUUGCCUGCUCGCCUCCCGCAAAAAGAGCUCAAAAAAUCUAAAUCUUCUCUGAAAGUUCAAUCAAGUGGAAAUUAUAUUCUCUCUUUUUUAUGAAGAAGUUGCUAUAGUGAAUAACUCAUAAAAAUAUUUUUUUUCAAACUAACAAAGCGUUGAUUUUUUAUCUCAAUUUUAAGAUUUUGAAAACUAAAAAUUUGUUUGAGGAUUUGUAAACAAAAAAUUUUUCAACAAACCUCUAACACUUGAAACAUUAAUCUCAAAAAAUAUAUAUGCUUCUUACUUUUACUUUUACACAGUGUGUAAAAGUAUGAAGAACGAAAAAAUUCACUUAUAUUUAUAAUAUAAUAUAAACUCAUUUCUUCUUCUUCGCGCAUCUCUUUCUUUCUUGUCUGCAUUUUUCCAAGCUUCUUCAUAAGUUCAUCGAACAUCUCGCCAAAAAAAGUGCAAAUUCAGAGUAGUCCAAGAUUUUCUGUCUCAUCUUAUCUUCCUUUCCCAUUUUUACGUCAUAAAGGUGGGAUUAUAUGAAUCCACUACCCCAAGGGAUUUUCCCAUUUUUUCUUGUUAAAAUUUCGAAAUGUUUUUUUUUCUUGAAAUUUUUUUUGUGCUUACGUAUGCAACUAGAAAAGCUUCUUAAUUAAUGAAUACAUUUUUAUGUUUUUUUUUCAGUUGGGGAAAGGGGAAAACUGUUCAAGAAUUCUGGUGUUUUCGAAUUUAGUACAAUUGUUCCAGGAAUAGUAGUUGGAGAGUUUAAAGGGAGGGGGGGGGGGGUUGAAAAAAUUCCUAGGGAUUUUAGUGUUCUCAAGUUGCUUUAACUUCAAAAAUAGGGUUGAAGUUUUCUCUAGUUUUUUUUUUGAAAAUAGCGAAUUUAAACUUAGAACUUGAAAUUUAGCCUAACUUCUAGCCUUUCUCAAAAAUUUGAUGCUUUUUUUCAACUUAUAAAAAAUUCCAACAAGCUGUUCCGAUGCUACUAAAUUUUUUGAAAGAAAAUUUCUGAACUAUUUUUUAAUCUGAAAUCUUGUUGUACAACAACGUGAUCAGUCGAACAUCUUUCAAUUUUUCCCGGUCAAAAAACUUGUCAACUCAAAAACCAACCAACCCAUUUUCUCAUUUACCAUUCAACAUGUCACUAUCAUUUCAAACGCUUUUCUCUAAUUAGAAAAAAAACGCAGCCGACUUUUUGAAGCGCCAAACGAACCACAAACGAAAGAAACAAAAAAAAGUGAUGAUGAUGAUGAUGGCCUGAGCCUUUCCUUUUUGCUCACUUUUUCUCGAUUCAAUUUGCUCUGAUUCGUGUGUUGUUCUAACUACCAGUUUCUAUUUUCAAACUGCAAUAUUUUGUGUGAAACUACAUCAAAAAAACUAUUCUAAAAAUAUCUCGAAAAAAUGUCGGAUGAAGAAGAACCGUGGGAAAAUCGACGUACUUUUAUCAACAAACGAAAAUGUGUGAGUUUCAUUGAGAUAGACUAACUAACAAAAUUUGAUUCUUUGUGUUUUUUCUGUGACACCAAAAGGCGAGAAAAUAUAUGAAUGCAGUAGUGCGUGGUAUCCUUCUGAAUUAUUCGUGAAAUGUUAUUUUUUUCUGUCAGCCGCGCGGCACCAAUUCGUUGUUCGUUCCUUUUUCUCGUUCGCUGAAUCGGCUAUAAAUCUCGCAUUUUUUUCCUGAAAAAAAUUGUGAACUUUUUCGACUUUUCUCCGCCCCCCAUCGCAUAUUUAUUUCAUUAUUCUAGUUUUUUUUUUUCUUCAAAUCUUAUAUGUAUUGGGGAGAUGGAAAAAUGGAUGGAGUUCUAUUUUUGGGUUGAUCUUUGAGAUUUUAUUUUUUUUUUUGGGUAAAGCUUGGAGGCAACUAGUUAACGGCGCUCAUGAAAUUUUAGGUUAUUGUUUUCUAGAAAAAAAUUCCGAUUAUUCAUUGGUAAAAUUGAUAUCACCAGUGUCAUUUUGAACUCCCAACAUCAAUAUUUUGAACAACACGACUUCUGGGAACUCAAAAAAAUACCUUUGAAUUUCGAAAAAACGUCGAGAAAAAUAAAAACCCUAGCCUUUUGUCUGUAACACAUCCGGAAUUCCUGAACCUUUCGAACUCCAAGCCCAAAAAUUUCACCAAUUUCUGCUCAAAUUCCUGUUCUCCCAUUGAUGACACACACAUGACUGAUAAAUCUCAAAGUCCUCUUUAAUAUUUUCCGCAUCUAUGCUCGUUGUUGUUAUUUCCGCAAGAUGUUUGAUUCACUUUUUUUGUGUCGUUUGCUUCCAAAAAGGAAUAUAUUUCCCCACACACACACAUCAAAAUCACCACAAAAACCCCCAUAUUUUUGCGAAUAUACCUUGUUAUUUUUUCCUCGCCGUUUUUAUUCUGUCAAUCAAACGAUGAUUGUAAAGGUUUUAUGCUUUCAAAUUUGAAUAUGUGUUUUUUUUGCUUUUUUUUUUGAGAAAGAGAGACUCUGGAAGAAAAUUUUUCUGGUUGUAAACCACUCAAAAAAACACAGUGAUGUAAGAUGCUCAAGAAUUAAAUAGAUAAGGUUUGAAAUGAGUUCGAAAAUCAAUUUUUGCCAUGCUCGCAAUGUUUUUUUUUGUUUAUAUUUCGAGAAAAAUUCGAAAAAUGUCAUCUUUCGUUUCUGAUUUAUUUUUGAAAAAAUUCAAUUGAUAUCAGAUUACAUUUCUGUUUAUGAUUUUUAACACAUUUUUUUGUAUCAGUUAUAGAAUUUGUCUGAUUUUAUACACACAAAACAUAGCGUUUGGCUAUCCCGCUUUAUGUCAGACACUUUCUAGCUAAAAAUGUUUAUACCGAUUUUUAGGCCCAUCCCAUUCAAUAUUCACCAAGAAAAUCUCAUUCUGAAAACCGAUCCAUCAAAAAAAAAAAAAAAGAAUAACUAAUAAAAAAUAGUGUGCUGGAACGCGUCAUUUUUAAACAUACACAUAUAUGUACAUAGGUUUUUUGUCUUCAGGUGUAUCAAAUUUCGUUCUCUUCUCCUUCCUCAAGAUUUUUUUGAUCUACGCAUGGACUUCUAUAAUUUUUUCGUGUUUCAGACAACGAGUAUGUCGUUGGCGGAAGAACUUGAACGAUUAUCCGGUGAAAAUGGUGGCACAAAAAAGGAUUUGAGUGAGUUUUCUUCUCGCGCGGGGUCAUAGAUUAUUUUUUCGAAUAUAAUAAAGUUUGUCGAAUUCCCAUGAGUUCAUAUGUAUAGCACACGAGCUAUGAUUGAGACAUUUUUUGUGUCUUGUUUUUUUCGACAUUUUUUGCCAAAAAGUUCAUCUAGGGAGGGAGGGAAAAGUUCUGUUUUUGCUGAACAAGAGCAAAAAAUAUACAUUUUUUUCAUUUUAUGGUAAAUACGCUAAUUGAAUAAAAUUGGAUAAAUUUAUAGAGGGGGACAAAGAUAAUUAACUUUACCAGAGAGAAAAAAUGAGGGUGUUGACUUGUUUUUCCUCUCCUCUCCUCUCACAUUCAUUUUUUAGAUGGCCAAAAAAGGGAGCUGUGCUGUUUUGAUUGUAAGCACUUGACACUACGAACAAACUUAGAUAAUUCAAUUUUCCUAAAAAGAGUUGUCAAAACAAAAACAACAACGGGUAAAGAACAAAACAACACAACGAGUUGAUUUCAGAUGGUUGGAGAUUGUCGAGUUCGGCGCCGGAAGUGAGGGUUCAGAAGGCGAGACUUGUUGCAAAAGAUGGAAAGACACUUCUCAAUAAUAUACAAUUACCCGAACGAUUCAAACAAACUUACAAGUAAUUUUCAAAAACUUUUUUCAAACUCGAAUUUUCUGAUCUUCAAAGUGAACGGGAUUUUCAGCGUAAAUUUCAAAUUCAGACUUCACGGAAUAAAAUUUGAAGUUGGAAAAUAAUAUAGAUUUUUCACUCAAACCUCAGAACUUCGAAUUCUAAAAAUUUAACGAUGAAGAUGAAUUUUGAAGUUCUAAUCUUCAAUUUUUCGAUAAGUAAUUCAAUUUUGAUAAAUAAAAACAAUUAUUGUUUUCCGAAAACAAAAAUUAUUUCUAGUUCUAGAAAUAACUUACAUAACUUAAUGAUUGUAAAUUGAAUUUCCCUAAUUUUCCGACUAUAUUAACUCACAUAUUUUCAACAUUUCCUGGGGAUUUUUAAAAUCAGAAGCUUCCCUGGUUUCUAAGCUUCACAGUCGUCUGAAAAUUCACAUUUCCCUGAAAAACGCUCAAAAUUUUUUCACCGUCUGUUUAGAUGGAAAUAUUUCAGAAAUUGGUUUCAUCUGAUAAUUGAAUGCAAUUGGCGAACAAUUUGUUUGAUAUUUUUGUUUGGUUUUAUUCUUUCUUGGUCCGUCUUUGCUCUCAUUUAUUAUUUUAUUUCACGGCUCAAAAAUGUGAAAAAGGUGAGUUCUCCUUUUCUCAAGCUAACAUUAUUUUUUUCAAAUUUUUUCAAAUUUUCAGGAUGAAUCGUGUAUUGCAAAUGUGGACACAUUGAUCAGCGCGUUUCUUUUCAGGUUUGUGUUUUACUAGUCUCUUUUUCGUUCACAAAUGGCCGAGGAAGACACAAAAUUUGAUUUGUGACGUAGCCACGUUUCUCUUUUUAUCUUUCUGAACAGAACGUUCUGAAAAAUGAAUAUGAAAAAAGUGAUCAAAGAAUAAAAAUUGUUUUUGUGUGAAUAGGUUGACGUGAGUAUAAAAAAAGAAAAAAAGAAGAUUAGUGAUUGAGAAAAUGUAUUAUUCUCUUUUGAAUAAACAAGUUAUUUGAGGGGAAGAUGAAGAAGAAAAAAAUGAUGAAAGGUUAGUAACUAGAAAUUCUAGGGAAUAUGAUAUUUUGAGAGCAAUAAGAGUUGAAUUUUUGAUUUCAGAAGAAAAAUAUGUAAUAUUUAUAAAUACCUAAAAAAGUUGGAUUCUUACUUGACUUUUGGAAACUUAAAUUACAAACUGAAAUUCGACCCAGAUUCAAAAUCAACUCUAUGUUUACAGUAUGGAAUCUCAACAUACAAUCGGUUACGGUCUCCGAUAUAUGACAGAACAAUGUCCCUCGGCAUAUUUGACUUUAUGUGUCCAAUGUGUUGUUGGUGUUUUCCUCCAAACAAUUCUUGCGGGUAUCGUAAUUGCCAAAAUUCUUCGACCCAAAAAACGAAAGCAAGAGAUGCGAUUUUCUCGAAUGGCAGUUAUUGGUCCACUCGAUGACAAUGAUAAACGACCUACUCUUAUGAUCAGAUUGGCGGAUAUUCAAGAAAAAUUAUUUUUGGCUGAAUCGCAUGUGAGAUUGUAUAUGGCAAGUAGCCGGAUAAAUAGUGUAAGUAUUUUUGAUUGUUGAAGUCUUGGAAAUUCAGAAAAAAAACAUUUUCAGCGAGGUGAUCGUGAAUUAGUCGGCGUCAAAGACAUGAACGUUGGUUAUGAUAGUGGAUGGGAUCGAGUUCUUCUACUAUGGCCAAUUAUUGUUCGACAUGUGAUUGAUGAAGACAGUCCGCUUCACGGUCUAACGAGAGAAACAAUCUUGGUUUGUUUGAGAUUUGAGUUUUGGAUAAUGAAUUGUCUUUUUUUGCAGAAACAAGAAUUCGAGUUGAUUAUGACUGUUGAAGGAAUUGUUGAGGCGACGGGAAUGACAUUCCAAGCAAGAACAUCUUUCCUACCCGAUGAAAUUCUCUGGGGUUAUCGGUAAGAGUUAGGGGAACAUUUGGGGUGUUGAGGAUGGUGAAGCCGAGCUUCGACUUGAAAAAUUCUAGGUUUUUAAAAUCUCGCAGUCAGCCAAAAAUUAGAUCUCACUUCAUUGAAAAUCUACUUCAAAAUUCCCUGAUCCCCAAACAAAAUUAAGUUUUCCAGAUUCAAGCCAAUGGUAUUGAUGAAUGAGAAAAAUUCCCAAUUCGAAGUUCACUACUCACUUUUCGAUCAAACUGACCGGUAAUUUUCCAAAAAAGUUUUCUAAAAUAUUUCAUAUCUAUUCAAAAUUUUUUCUAGAUGCUCUGAUUUCGAUGUGCAAACAAUGGAGACUGAAGAAACUGAAGAUAAUGAAAAUGAGCACCAUCAUCAUAAUCACUAUGCAUCUGGUUUCCUCUAA